AUGGGUUUGUUUCAAGUCACAACAAAAUAUUUGAUCGUUAUUCUAGCACUAAGUAUUGUAUACAAUUCCUUUCAAAUAACUCAAGCCAGGCCAAUUAAACCAUUGAAUCAACAAUCUUCAUUAAACACACAAGACUCGGGUGCAAUCCACACUAACUCUUUUCGGCCGACAACACCAGGAAGUAGUCCUGGUGUUGGCCACCGAAAUUUUGUUGUAGGAGAUAAGAACACGAGAACAAUGGUGGUUGUUCAGAGCCCGGAUGUUGAGGUUUUUGUGACGAAUAAGAGAUCCGAUGAUGGUUUCAAACCUACAAAUCCUAGUCAUAGUCCUGGAGUUGGCCAUGGUUACCAUACCAAAAUUAGACAUUUAAAUUAG